AUGAACUCCCAACAAACGCGGGAGGAUCUCCCAACAAACGCGUCCACGAGCAGUGCUCUUGAACGACCCCCGCAGCGCGUGAUGAACGAAGUGAACAUAAUGAAAAAACUGGAUCACCCCUGUGUUAUCAAGAUGCACGAUAUCUUCGAUAACCCGGAUUCCGUCUGCAUGGUGCUCGAGUACAUGAGUGGCGAUCUACUGUCGCGCAUUGUCAAGCACAAGAAAUUGUCCGAGAAGACGAACAAACUUUUCUUCCUUCAGAUGUGCCACGCCGUGGGCUACCUGCACAAACAAGGAAUAACACAUCGUGAUUUGAAACCGGACAACAUUCUGCUGCUAGAUGAUCGAGAGCGCACGCUGCUGAAGCAACCUGACUUUGGGCUCAGCAAGUUCGUAGACAAAAACUCAAUGAUGCGCACACUCUGCGGCACGCCACUGUACGUGGCACCGGAGAUACUGCAGACCAAUGGUAGCGGCAGUUACACGCGCAAGAUAGAUAUCUGGAGCAUGGGCGUUGUUCUCUUUACGAUGUUGAGCGGUAAUGUGCCGUUUUCCGACCAUUUUGGAAGCCCGGUGGUUGAACAGAUUAAGCACAGCAAGUUCUCCAUGCGCCCAUCAACAGCGUGGAAGGGAGUUUCGUCGGAAGCCAAAAAACUUAUUUUCAAAAUUUUAAACGUUAACGCGAAGCAACGUCCAUCAAUCGAGGAU